AGGGCGGAGCCCUCUCUGGUUUCUUAGUGCUUGGGCUCACUUCCUGCUCUCAGAUGUGGCCCAAGGCAAACACACAGAAGCCUGUGCAGAUACCAAGGGAUCAGAGCUCACUGUCCCAGGCCCCAGGCAGCUGUGGAAGAUGGAAGGGAGCGACGGCAGCCCCAGGAUGUCCACUGAACAGGAGAACACAGAGAUGCAUCUCAUUGAAUGUAUGUUAAAGCACUUCAAGACACAGAAAGUGGCCAUUUCUAAUGCGAUAAGAAGUACAUUUCCUUUUCUUGAGAGCCUCCGAGACCAUGAAUUCAUCACUGGUAAAAUGUAUGAAGAUUUGCUAGAUUCCUGUAGAUCGCUGGUCCCUGUGGACAAAGUGAUCUACAGAGCCCUGGAGGAACUGGAGAAGAAAUUUGACAUGACGGUACUGUGCGAAUUGUUCAAUGAGGUCAACAUGGAGAAGUACCCCGAUUUGAAUCUCAUUCGUAGAAGCUUUGGAUGUGUGUUUCCCAAUGAAUUGUGUUUCCAAGGAAUUGAUGGAGGGAACCCAAACUCCCAGCUAAGUCUUGAACAAGGACCUGGUGCCAGCUAUUCUCAAGGAAGCCCGAAUGGGUCAUCCUUAGAUCUCUCCGCAUCUGAAGGCUGGAGAAGUAAUGAUAGAAGAAAUUCCAACCUCAUGCAGGCAAACCAAACUGAGAAUCAUCAGCUUGCCGAAUCACCAGGUCACCUUGAUUCCUGUGAACUCCAAGUCCAACUGAAUAACAGAGAUGCUACCCCAGAGUCUUGCAGCCUAUUGCCUCAGAAUGAAGAAAGAGCUGUGCAACUCAACUAUGAACUCCAGAUUAAUCCCUGUUUUGUGCAACUGGUAGAUGUAAAGAAGGAAAAUUCAUCAUUUUCCUUGGCUGGUAACCAACAAACCCGAGCAAGGACCAACCAAAAUGAGGACUCUGAGAUAAUAGAACUCAGCAGUGGGGAUUCUGAUAAUGGAGAGAACUUCUCAGAAGCUACAACCACAGUCCCCUCCCAGCCAGCACCUGCAUAUUCCAGAAAACCUCCAACACUGAGAAGAGACAGAGGAGGAGAUACUUCUGACACUGAGAGCUCUAUCAUCAUUAGAAGACGGAAAAGGACAGGACGGAAAAAGAGAGAGAGACUUGGAAGCUACUUAAUACGGAACAUCAAAAUCCCAAUGAAACCAAGCUGGAAAACAGCUUUCCUAGCAAGAAGUGCCAAUCCUUCUUCACAACGACGCAGAAAAAGAGGUCCGAGAAUCCCCAGAGAAGAAAAUGCGGAUUUUGGAGGAGCUGAGCUUCCUGUGGUAUGUGGCAACGCUCAGGGCUUCCUGGAUAAGGAGAAAUUUAAGCAAGGCAUCUAUGUGAGGAGUAUACGGGGCAAGACAGGGCGGUUAUUCACUCCCAUGGACUUUGAAAUCGAAGGAAACUGUGAAAAAGCCAAGAACUGGCGGCAAAGCAUCCGCUGCAAGGGAUGGACCCUGAGAGAACUGAUACAGAAAGGAGUACUACAAGACCCACCAAGGAAAAAGGAAACUCCACGAAACCCAAGGCAAACAAGGAGACAGCGAGGAAAUCCAAAAGCAUGUAAAGUAUGCGGCCAGCCACGGAAAGUGCACCCUUGUACUGCUUGUAAAGAAUUCUAUCAUAAGAAUUGCCACAUCCCACCUGUGGAAGAUAAGAGUAGAUCAUGGCAUUGUGCCUUCUGCAAGAGAAAGAAUCAGUUAAGGGGCCAAAAAACCCAAGCAUGUCAUAAGGAAGCUGAGGUCCUGAAGAGGAAGAUGUCACCUGAGGAACAGCUGAAAUGUGAACUGCUUCUUUUGACUAUCUAUUGCUAUCCAAAAAGUGGCUUUUUUAUCCCCAAACCAAAGCAAAGGAAAGAGAAGUUUCCAGACCUCCGGGAGCACAUGUGGUUAAACAAAAUCAAGAAUAGGCUGAAUAAGAAGGCAUACCAUUCGGUACGACGCUUUGUGGAGGACAUGCGCCUCAUCUUUCACAACCACAGCAUAUUUUAUAAAAAAAGGUUCAAAAAUCUUGGAAUCAUAGUAGGAAAGAAAUUUGAGAAGAAUUUCAAAAGGAUUUUUUCAAUCGAGGAUACAAGCGAGCAACAUGAACCGUGCAACCACACCGUUUUGUUAACCUAGUCCUUUCUGGUCCCUCCAGUAAUCGUCCCUCAAGCAGCCAACAGCAUGAUGCUCAGAGAGCCCACCUUUAUAUGUAGACAGCCUGCCACACUCCCGUCUCUAACCUUCUAUAUCGUCCUUCCUGUUUGAUCAUCUUUCUAAAGAAAACUUAGGGCAUACCAUGUCUGUCACCCUGGGGAACAGUCAGGUCUGAGCCUACUGAGAAGACCACUCUGGAAGCAGGAUUGCCCCCUCCCCCCAUUUCAAACCCACCCUCCGAAGUGUCUUGUCUAGGGGUGGCCUUGCCCCUCUAACUCUGUGACAGGGAGGAGGAACCAACAAAGCCAGUCCAAGAGUGAAAAUACCUUGAGAGCAGCUAGAAGGAGACCAUCUCUAACAGAGGUUACAACUGAUUAUCCUGGAAUGUAAAGUGGGAAAGAGAAGCCGGACAUUCAGCCACAGAAGCCCAGUCAUGGAGAGAAAGCUCAACUGGAAACUGGCUGACUGUUGUUUCCACAAACAGUUCCUGCUGCCUGUUGUGAGCGUCCAGUUUGAUGGCAGUCUCUCUCUCUCUCUCUCUCUCUCUCUCUCUCUCUCUCUCUCUCUCUCUCUCUCUCUCUCUCUUUCUCUCUCUCUCUCCUCUCUCCCUAUAUAUUCUUUUAUCUGGAAGCCCCACUAGAGGUUAACUCUUCUCUGUCCUGAACUCUAUUGGAAACUCCAGCUGAUUGCCUCUGCAGGAUUUCCCCUGGAUUCCCCCCUCCCUGUCCACUCCCCCUGGAUAUUUGAAGUACAUUUUGAAGUACAUGAUUAACGUGAUGUUUUGUCGUGUUGGAUUUUUUUUCUAUUUACUCUUUUACUUAGCUUGUUAUAUGCUUAAUAAAUUCAUCAUUUGAAACUGAAA